AUGUCUAAUUCAUCUCUUCGUUCGGAUUGUUCGUCUUCUUCUGCCGAAAGCCUAUCACUUCCACCACUUGGUCCAGUGGCUCAAAAGAAACCGAUUCAGUACAUUGGGGGUUCCGUCAAAGUCGACAAAGAGAAGGUUGCUGAAUGGACGAACAAAAUUGGAAGACUGUUCGGAACUUACGAGUUGAGACAGAAUGUAACUCAUCUCCAUAUGCAAUUGAUUCCAGCGAUUCAUACAUUGAACAAGGCAUCGAAGUUCGCAAGUGAGAAGUUGAAGAAGGAGAUGAAGCAACUCGUCGAACAAUACAUCGUUUUGGCUGUGGCGUGUGAGCAAAUUUUGGAAAAAAUGGAAAAGAAGGAUGAGCAUUACAAUAUUGAAGAUGUUCCAGAUGCCAUUAUUCCGAAGUCGUGA